AAUAAUAACAAAGCUUUUGUGAAAGUAAAAUGCUCAAAAAAUUAUAAUCGUAACAUUUUACGACAAUCACUAAUAAGAUAAGUAUAGCAAGCACAGUGGCCAUGGAGAACAAUCUUGCAGAGAGGUUGCUACUAACUACCAAAGAACAAGAAAACACCACUAAUCUGAGGACGAAGGUCUUGAAUGAAUCAAAGACCAUCUGGAGAAUCGCUUUCCCCGGAAUAAUCGCCAGAGUCACUUCUUUCGGUCUCAUCAUCGUCACUCAGUCCUUCCUGGGUCAUGUCAGUGAUAUCCAACUCGCUACCUUCGCCUUCGUCCAAAGCAUUUUCCUACGCUUCAUCAAUGGAAUCCUCAUCGGCAUGUCAAGUGCGACCGAAACAUUAUGCGGCCAAGCAUACGGCGCCGGACACUACCACAUGAUGGGAAUUUACUUGCAGAGGUCUUGGAUUGUUGACGGAGUAGUGGCGACACUGGCAGUUCCGUUCUUCGUAUUUGCCAGACAAAUCUUGAGACUUCUUGGUGAGGAGGAAGAGAUAGCAGUGGCGGCAGGGCCGAUCUCGCUCUGGUUCAUACCCUUCCUCUACAACUUUGUCUUCGCACUGACAAUCCAAAUGUACUUGCAAGCGCAGAUGAAGAACAUGAUCAUUGGCUGGCUCUGCGCUGCUUCCUUCCUGCUUCAUCUGUUGGUCUCAUGGAUUUUCGUUUACAAGCUUGACUGGGGAGUCAACGGAGCAAUGGCCGCCUUGAAUAUCUCCGGUUGGUCAACGGUGAUCGGCGAGUUCGUGUAUAUAUUUGGAGGGUCUUGUCGGGAUACAUGGAAAGGGUUCAGUAAAGCUGCCUUCCAAGACAUUCUCCCUGUGAUCAAGCUCUCCUUGUCCUCUGGUAUCAUGUUGUGCUUGGAACUAUGGUAUAACUCUACUUUGGUGUUGCUGGCUGGAUAUAUGAAGAAUGCAACUGUUGCCAUCUCUGCUUUAUCCAUCUGCCUCAAUAUAUGUGCGUGGGAAUUCAUGAUUUGCCUUGGCUUCUUCGCUGCUGCAUGCGUAAGGGUAGCAAAUGAGCUGGGGAAGGGAAAUGCUGAGGCUGUGAAAUUCUCUAUAAAAACCAUUUUGAGUACUACGACUUUUAUUGGACUGUUCUUCUUUGUUCUGUGUUUGGUAUUCGGACGCCAAAUUUCCUACCUAUUUUCAAGUAGUGAGGAAGUUGCAGAAUCUGUGUCCAGCCUUUCAAAUCUCCUUGCAAUCAACAUAUUGUUGAAUAGCAUUCAGCCAGUCCUCUCAGGAGUGGCAAUAGGCGCUGGAAUGCAAACAACAGUUGCUGUAGUGAACUUAGGGUGCUAUUAUGUGAUAGGGAUACCUCUAGGAGUUGUUCUGGGAUAUGUGGUCAAUCUUCAAAUUAAGGGUCUGUGGAUUGGAAUGCUAACGGGAGUGGCAAUGCAAACCUUUGUUCUUUCUUUAAUUGUAUGGAAAACCAAUUGGGACAACCAGGUAAAUAAGGCAUCAGAACGUCUAAAUAAGUGGUUUUUAAAACCAGAAGAAGAAACCAAUGAUGGUCCAUCUCAUGCAUAAAGAGAAGCAUGAGCGUAAUUUUAAUAUGCUUUUAAGUUAUAUUUUAGAAUAUCCAUUCAAUUUUUAGAGAAGUUUAGAAGAAUUUUCCGCUUAAGACUAAAAUGUCUUAAUUAAUUUGAAAUAAAUUUUAAGGUUUAAUUUUCUUAAUUGAAUAAUGAAUUUAUGUAGUCUGU